AUGGCCUCUGGGCAAGGGUGCAGCUCGACUGAUUAUGCAGCGACUGUAUCUGGUGGGAGCCACCCCUUCACCAAGGACAACAGGACGAAUGAGCGCUGGGAUGGAGAUAACUACUACGGCGACCAUCAGAGAUACUAUCAUGGCCAACCGGCUCAACCAGACUGGCACUCGGCUCCAAACUCCCCACCACCGAGACACCACGGCAUUCGCAUCCUAGGCGCAGCUGGGCCGGAACAUGACAUAUGUUUCCCUGGAGGAGCUGAACGUGGGGAACACCGUCAUUAUGUUAGGGGUGCACGAUCGGAACACCACGCACGAAAUGACCUUAUCCAACCCGAUCAUUCACGAAGAGUCCCGUCUCGCUGUUCACCUAGAGCUCGGUCAAGUUCAAACAGCGAUCGGCAGGACCUCGACAGGCUGCUCAAUGACCAAAGUCGCAUCAUCCAGAGGAAAGAUGGCAAAAUCAACGAGCAACAAAAACUCAUCAACAAGCUCACCAGCGAAAAGAAGACCCUUGCAACUACUAUCGAAGAUCUAAGAUUUCUCAAGGACUCCUUAACUCGGAAGCUCCAUGAGAAGGACGAUGAACUUCAGCGGGUGAACUAUCACGAUCCUGAGGGGUCACAUCGUAGAGACGAUCUCACUGCAGCUCAAGACAGAAAGCUACAAGAUUCCAACCGCUAUAUCAAUAACCAUCUGGAUCAGAUCCGCAACCUUGGGGGACUGCCCGUCCCUCCACCUCUGCUCUCGACUUUCCAGACGACUCUGCUUGCUUUUCAAGGCGCAGAUCUAGCCACACCUGUAGAACGAAGACUUCAAGCACUCGGCGCCACCAUGGACGAGAAUGACCUCAUAGAAUCACAGCAACCCGUCAUCGUCUCAAAACAUCUCCGAAAUUGCAAAGACAACGAAAACAGUUCAUGGUCACGGCCGGUCGCUCAGACCGUACUCUGGCCCAGAGUUAAAGACGAUCCCGCCUUUGCAGAUGUUGGUCAUGGACCCCCAGUCACAUUUGACGUGCUCUGGCAUCGAAUUCGGGAUAUCACUUCGAGCCACGUCGCAAACGACGACCAAUAUGAUUCACAUUCGUCAACGUUCGACGAGCGAUAUGACCCGCAAGAUCAUUCACCGCUUUCUCUGUCAGAAAGUGGACUGUCGAAUAAGGAAGAAGAACGACUGGCCGUACCAGCGGGGUCCAAUCAUCUCGCGCUAGCGAGGUCUCAUAUGCGUCACAAGGGCCGCGGCAGACCAAGAUCGCGGUCACCUGGGUAUAAAAGACACCGAGAUCAGAGACAAAAAUACCGCCAGCGACGAUAUGAGGGUUCCAAUCCCGGCCCGCCGUCGACCGACCGAGACCGAGAUCGGCACAGAUACGAGGUAGGUGAACGACCCAGAGAUGUGAAAACCAUGAUGGAUGCAGACACAGUGCGGAACAUUGAAGCCAGAUCUGGAAGUCGACAGCCAAAUCAGAAGACACGCAAGGGGGCAAAACGCAAAGGAAAGAGAAAGCAGCAGCAGCAGCGAAAGCAGGAGGAGAAAUCUGCUGGAACUGUUGAUUAG